GUAAAAGUACCAACAAACCUACAUUGGAGCUCGUAAAGGAAAGACAAGAACACAUCUUCUGAUUUCUGGACUUUUUGGAGCUCCGAUAUAAAAUCAAUUCGAUAUUUGGCUUUAGCCAGUUCACCUGGAUCUAGCAACCAAUAAAAGUUGGUAGUACACUCUUUGGAGUUUGGUCAGAGUCAUUUUAUUUUACAUUGCUUGUUGAAGUGGACACUGCAAGAGAAAUUGGGAUAAGAUCCGACACAGUCGGGUCUGGACUUGGCAUUUUGUUUAUGCCGGUCGCCCAUUGCUGAAAGUUUUGGCCCGAACCCUCUGCGAUGACAACCUGAAGACAUCGAAAGUUGCUUCCAGUUCGAGAAAUUGUGAACGUUUGGUUUGAAAGUGCACAGCAUACUGCCCUAACAAGGCACUUACAGAACUUUCUCAAGAAACAUAUUGGACACCCUUCUGCCUGCCUUUCCCACUCCAAUUCCCCAGUCCAAUUCCUCAGAGAAAAAAACAACAAGGCAACCCAAGUCGCUACCCAUUCCAUAAAUAUAAAGAGGAACAUUCUUACACCAUCCUAUUGAAGCGACCACAUGAUGGAGUGGUCAUCUCCCAUCUCGUUGCCUUUUGUGGCCCUCCUUGUCCUCUCUUUCCUCGGUUUGACCUCCAGCAUCCCGUCUGGCCCGGCAUCUGACACCUGUGCCACCCUGGAGCAGAGCCGCUUCUUUGGCUUGUUUUCAUCGACCAUCAACCUGCCUUCCACACCAUGCUCCUGGACCCUGCAGAACCCAGACCCCCGCCGAUACACUGUCUACAUGAAGAUCACCAAGCCCACCGACUCCUGCCUGCCUCGCCAGGUCAAAACCUUCCAGUUUGAUUCCUUUAUCGAGACGUCUCGCACCUUCCUGGGUAUGGAGAGCUUCGACGAAGUGGUUGGCCUCUGCGACGCGUCCACGUCCGUAACCUACCUGGAGUCCAGCAAGCAGUUCCUGCAGCUCCGCAAGGUGGCGCCAAGAAACGGCUUGGAGAUGGCAGAGGGAGAGGGCGAUGGCGAGUUCAAGGCCGAGUUCCUGGUGGUGGGCAAGAGGAACCCCAGCAUGCCAGCUUGUCAGAAGCUCUGCCAGUGGCUUGAAAAUUGUUUGUCCACCAGCAGCCAUCCCAACCCCUGUGGAAUCAUGAACACCCCUUGCCAGUGCUGGGAGACCCCCAUCAGGAGGCCCGGCGGCUGCUACCGCGGAGGAGUCUACCUGGAGAAGUGCGUCCCAACACCAAGAGACAUCGGACGUGACAUUGGACGUGAUAUCGCACGCGACGCAGAGAUCAUGAAGGGCUGGAGUGGGUGGAGCCGCUGGUCAGAGUGCAGCAUGGAAUGCGGGGGUGGAGUCCAGGUGCGCAACCGGGCCUGUCAGCCAGAGGAGAGUGUGUGUGAAGGUGUGGUCGAAGAGGGGCGGGCUUGCAACCCUCAGCCCUGCAUUGGUCAAGUGCGCGCCCGUAGCCAGGCCCUGGCGUCUAUUGUCGGCCUUAAGCGAGAGAGCACUGAUGUUCCUAGCACUGGAGUCGUAGCCACUCAAACAGUGAACUCUGCUGCACCCGUCGAUGAGUGGUCACCCUGGAGUGUGUGUUCAGUGAGCUGCGGAGAAGGUUGGCAGGCACGCACCCGUUUCUGUGUCACCUCAUCCUACAGCACGCAGUGCACUGGCCCUCUCCGCGAGAACCGACCCUGCAACAACACAAUGGUCUGCCCCGUCGAUGGAGCUUGGGAUGAGUGGUCUCCAUGGAGCCUGUGCUCAUCCACCUGCGGCCGUGGUUACCGUGACCGCACCCGCACAUGCAAAGGGCCCCAGAAUGGAGGAGAGCCCUGCAACGGGCCCGUCAAACAGACCAAGUUCUGCAACAUCGCAGUCUGCCCAGUGGACGGUGCAUGGAAUGAAUGGUCUGGUUGGUCCCCCUGCUCUGCCACUUGCUCCAAUGGUACCAAGCAGAGAACGCGCGAAUGUAACGGACCGUCCUACGGAGGCUCAGAGUGCCGUGGCGAUUGGCUUGAAACCGUCAACUGCUUCCUGAAAGAUUGCCCAGUUGACGGACGCUGGCUGUCCUGGAGCUCAUGGGGAAGCUGUAGCAAGACAUGUGGUGGAGGAAGCCAGCAGAGACAGAGGAUGUGCGAAGGACCUUAUUUUGGUGGAGAGCCUUGCCCUGGAGAGAGAGGAGACCUCAGACGCUGCAAUGAGAAAAGAUGCCCAGAACCCCAUGAGAUCUGCCAGGAGGAAUCCAAUGGUGACGUUGUAUGGAAGAGAACUGCUGCAGGAGAUAUGGCUGCCGUAACCUGCCCAUCUGACUCCACUGGCUUUAUCCUGCGCCGCUGCACCCUCGGCGCUGUAGGGCUCGCAUAUUGGGAGAACCCAACCCACAUCAAGUGCGUCUCCAAGAACUACCAGGACAUUUCCUUGUUGGCCCAGGACGGCAUUGCUAAAACUCAGAAGGGCCUGAUGGCUGAUGGGCUUCCUGAGGUAAUCUCCCGACUGCGAGCCACCUCUGACGAGGGCACCAAGUACAGCGGAGACCUGCUCUCCAUCAUGGAUGUCCUCCGAAACACCACAGAGAUCUACAAGGGAGCCGGGUAUAGCUUGAGCAACGCUGAUGUGGAGAACUACGCCCAGACAAUCAGCAACCUGCUGAAAGAGGAACAUCAUGGCAAAUGGGAGGAGGCACAACUGAUGGGCACUAACGUCAAGGAGUUCCUGCAGCUCGUUGAGGACUUUGUGGAUAUGAUUGGAAUCCAGAUGAAGGACUUCCAGGACAUUUAUGAAGUCACUGAGAAUUUAGUGUUGAGCAUCCAUAAACGCCCCACAGCCAUGACCACUGACUUUACAUUUCCAGUAAAGGGAUGGCGAGGCAUGAUGGACUGGGUCAGGACCUCUGAGGAGAAGAUCUCUGUCUCCCGCGAUGCUCUGUCCAUCAAGCCAUCUGAGGGCACCUCUGCUUUUGUGACCGGCAUUGUUCUCUACAGAAACCUCAGCUCUAUCCUGUCCUUCCAAAAUAACAGCACCAUCCUCAACUCUAAGGUAGUCACUGUUAUAGUCAAGCCCACCCCUGGCCUGCUGUCCUCCCCAGUGGAAAUCGAGUUCCCCCACAUCCAAAACGACACCAUCAAUGAAACUUGCAUCUCCUGGGAACAGAGUGAAACUUCUUCGCUGCUUGGAUCUUGGUCUGCGCGUAGCUGCAGAGCGGUCGUCGUUGAUUCAUUCAGAACCAAAUGCGUGUGUGAUAGUCUCUCCACCUUCGCCAUUUUAGCGCGGCUAAACCCUGAUAUGAACAUGGACAAGAAUCAACUUCCCUCUGUGACACUCAUCGUUGGCUGUGGGGUCUCUUCGCUAACCCUGCUGCUCCUCAUCAUCAUCUAUGUCUCCGUCUGGAAGUAUAUCCGCUCGGAGCGUUCAGUGAUCCUCAUCAACUUCUGUCUCUCCAUUAUCUGCUCCAAUGCCCUCAUUCUGGUUGGACAAACUCAGGCUCGCAACAAGGUGGUUUGUGGUGUGGUGGCUGCUCUCCUUCACUUCUUUUUCCUCUCGUCUUUCUGCUGGGUGUUGACGGAAGCUUGGCAGUCUUACAUGGCUGUCAUGGGCCGUCUGCGCAACCGCAUCAUCCGAAAGCGUUUCCUUUGCUUGGGCUGGGGACUCCCUGCUCUGGUGGUGGCUGUGUCUGUUGGAUUCACCAAGGCUAAGGGAUAUGGCACUGUCAAUUACUGUUGGCUCUCUCUUGAGGGUGGACUUCUUUAUUCGUUCGUUGGACCAGCUGCUGCUGUUGUUCUGGUGAACAUGGUCAUCGGCAUCCUGGUCUUUAACAAACUGGUGUCCAAGGACGGCAUCACCGACGUGAAGCUGAAAGAGCGAGCGGGAGCAUCACUGUGGAGCUCCUGUGUGAUUCUGCCGCUGCUGGCUCUUACCUGGAUGUCUGCCGUCCUUGCAAUGACCGACCGGCGCUCGGCUCUCUUCCAGAUCCUCUUUGCCGUUUUUGACUCCCUAGAAGGGUUCAUCAUAGUCAUGGUGCACUGCAUACUGCGUAGAGAGGUCCAAGAGGCAGUGAAAUGCAGGGUUGUUGACCGUAAGGAUGAUGGCAAUGGAGACUCUGGCAGUUCCCUUCAAAACAGCCACCAUACCCAGCUUGUGUCUGAUUUCGAGAAGGAUGCUGACUCCAACAGACCCGGUGGUAUGAACUCCUCCUGUGAAGAGAAGAUGCCCCUCCCACCCCAGAUGCCCCACCCCAUGAGCUCCAACUUCCAUACCCUGCCUUCCCACACCGUCAAGGCUCACAUGCAGGCCAUGCCCGAGUACUCCAGCCACACACUCACCCUAAAGAGGGAGAAGAGCCGCCUUCAGGGUGGCAUGGACCCUACCUGUGGGAAACCCGUCUAUGUGUGUGACAGUGAGCUCUUCCAGCAGCUGGACGCCGACCUGGUGCGUGGCCAGGUAGAGGGGAGCAGCCCAGACGGUAGCGGCUACGUGUUGCUGCCCAACACCACCUCCACCCUUCGCAAACCCAAAGAGGACCAGUCAAAGUACAACAUCAACUUAGAGCAGCUCCCUCAGACCAGGCUGGUUCAUCUCAGUGGGCCCUUCGCCGAGCCUCAGGCUGCCUUUGGACUCAAGACGCUACCGUCCGACCGGGUCAGCGUGUCCUACUCGGAGAGGGACUCUCCCGUCCAGAACAUUCACAACAUGUCCAGCGAGUCUCACAUUACCCACAGCAGCCUGGGAGAUACCUUUGACUCCAUGAACUCCAUGAUGUCCAAGAGCGAGACCAUCUCCACGCUGUCUAUGAGUUCGCUGGAGAGACAGAAGUCCCGUUAUGCUGAGUUAGAUUUUGAGAAAAUCAUGCACACAAAGAAACGUCACCAGAACAUGUUCCAGGAUCUCAAUAGGAAAUUACAUCAUGCUGAGAAACAUGACAGAGAAUCUCCUGCUUCAGACAGCAAGUCUGUGAGAUGGAGUGUGUCCUCAGGAGGAAGUGACAAGACAAACCACAGCGACAAGCAGCAGCCCCAAGUGGAAAGACCUUGGGAAGGGAUCCAGAGGACGCAGCAUUCACCCCCAUCCUGGGUCCGGAAGGACCUGGAGCCCCUGGCUGCCUCGCCUCUGCAGGUGGAGUGGGAGAAGGCUGGAGCUACCAUCCCAAUGGUCAGCCAGGACAUCAUUGACCUGCAGACGGAGGUCUAAGAGGAAGAACUUUGAGAGCGUUCCUUAUAGUUCAACCUCAGUCACCUAUUCUAUUGGUUUGGGUUAAAGAAGAGCAACAGAGAGAGUAGAGGAAGCCACGGGCAUGUCUGGAGAGGAGAGGAGAGGCAAGUGAGAGCAGAGAAAGAGCUGAACCCAAAAUCCAUCUUGUCAAACCCUCAGAAACAAGGGAAGAUGGAAGAAGGCUAUCGUGUUGUGCUAUUCGAUUUUGUUUUCCAGCAAGGACUUGAUAAUGAGCAACACCUACAAGAAGUGUGUCAUACUGACCUGUAAGUUAGCGACCAAUGGUUCAGCGUUUCCAAGGAUUGGUCCUGGAUCCAUUUGCGUUCUUACCAGAGAGGGUCCUUUACAGGGCUCAGGUGAGCUGCGGUUGACAUGGUCAACAUGUAGUUAGCAUGCCCCUUCGAUUCACUUUAAAGCUGUGGGUUUCCCAUUACCCGGGAGCUUCAACCAAACCGAACACUUGGCGGCUUGUGUUUGCGGCCAGUUCAUCUUCCAAGUAAGUUAGGACAAGGUAAGAGGAAUGGACUGGAUUUGCAUCAGACGUGGGGUCUGACUCAAAGCUGUGGUUUAUGGACAGGUUAUUGCCAUUCUAUAUCGUGGCUGUUUUUAUCUCCCUUCACAUGAAAGUUCUUUUAAAGAGCUUCAUAGACUCUUCCAUGGGACCUCUCUUCUGUAAGUCUAUGACACCUACACAGAAGGCCAGGCUUGAUCAUGCUUACAGAGCUGAGCAUUAUUGUGAUUAUCAUAAUUUUUUUGUUUAUUAUUGUUAUUAUCAUUGUUAUUAUGUUUAUUGUUGUUAUUAUGGU